AUUGAUAACCUCAGGGCUGCUCUCUUUCAUUGGCUCAAAAUAGCAGGGUAAAGUGUGGUCUUGCAAUCAGUCCAUUCCCAGGCAACUCAAGCUCGAUCAAUAUUUGUCAUAUGAAUUUGCCAUUUUCAAUUCAACAUCGAAUCAACACAGUCUCGUCAGCGUAUUUGAACAACAACGUAUUAGCCAAUGUUUGUGUUUCCCGUGGUGCUGUCUAUUGAGUGUUGUACUCACCUCGUGAUAAUAAACGACCAGGCCUUGAAUAAGUAAGUACUGACGGAUACGACAGAUCAAUUCUGGAUACGUAGUCGCAAUUCUGACCAUGAAUUGGUGUUAUUUGUGGGUUUUGCUCUGCGUAUUGUCCAUUUGUUUGCCAAGAGCAGAGCAGUGUUCGCCUCCAGAAGGUUGGUGGCCACUUGAGCCAGAGGAAAGAGCACAGAAAGCAGGAAUUGUUGUUUAUGGCACAGUUGUCUCUACUCCUCAGCGAAAUAACAGUUCUACCGAGAAGGGACGGUUUUAUGGAGUUAUACUAAAAGUCCAUUGCAUCGUUAAAGGUCCAAAGCUGCCAGCGUUUAUCCAUGUGUCAGGAUUUUCAAACUUUUCCGGCGGUUUGUGUGUGCACUCCAAAGCUUUUCUCAACAAAUCCUACGUGAUAUUUAUUAAAAGGGAUACUGACAUCCCAGAACAGUUUCGCGUUUUGGAAGUCAACCUCCAGAAAGGUGCAAUGCACCCGGGACACAAACUUUCUGUGCUUCGUGAUGUGAUGUCGUUGGUUGGUGAAAAUGCUUCAUUGCCUUUGGGCUCGAAAGGUGACUCUAAACCCGGAUGCCUUCACUUCAAGAGAAAGUUUCGAGACCCCACUUCUGUUAAAUCUAAACACAACAAAUCCUGUCGGUGCAGGAGGAAAAAACAGAAACGCAAGAAAAGGAAGAGAAUUAAAGCUACGUCUCGUCCAAAGAACCGUCAUUGCACGGACAACAUCACUGAUGUCCCAACUUUGCCGAGAACAAGACGGUACAAUGUUGUAAAUUUCGAAGAAGACAAGGUCCCAAGUGUAAACAUUUUGCCACCUUCGCAUAACGUGGUAUCGUUCAGCUCAGACUCUCAACAACUGAACACACAUUGCUUUUGGUGCCUGAUGGUGUUCCAGGUCAUCCUAACAUCGCUAUUACCAACAUGAGACCUUGUUUAUUCCGAACUGAACUUCAAGGUUUAAGAAUAUUAUAGGAGCCAUGUACGAGACGACCAGUUGAGCACACUUUCCGAGGUGAUUGCUGUGACACUUAACUACCAUAGUGCCAUCAUUAAGGGCCUACCACAAAAGUCUAUUACAGACCGCAGUAACCAUUAUCGUAGCACUUAUAUCAUAAUAUAAAAACGACGAAUAUUCAAAAGGCUUCCUGUCCCAUGUACAGCUUUAUAAUAUAUUUGGGUUCUAUAUGCUGCUAGGUAGAGUACCAAGACAUCAGCGCAAGAGCGAACUUGUUAUAUACCAAAUCUUCUCUCUUUAAAUACUGACUUAGACUAAGAGUAUAUAGUGCAAAGAUACGACGAACAAUUGUCCACGGAAAAAUAACGUAUGAUUGCUAAAGGCUACAAGACCAUUAAAGCGUUAUACACCCACGCGUAUUGAAAGACUGACACGUACAAUUGGAAAGUAAAAAACAACUCGAUGCACAUCGUUGAAUGAUGUAUUAUCUUAUAUAAAACUAACAACAAAACAUAAUGAAGACAAGGAAGGAAAGCGACUUUGAAAAGGCCAAGUAUAUAUAUGCGGUUUGAGCCUAUUCAGAAGACAAAGGGGUUAAAAUCAAUUGUACAAAAGCGUUCAGCAUUGUUCGCAAUUGUAAGUUCAAAAAACCUCGUAAGUGGUAUGUAAAUACUACCCUGAGAUCAAUUGAUAAAACAUUAAAAACCUCCUGUUCAAAUUUCUAUUAUGUUAGGUAGCACCUCGAGUCGAUUUCGGGGAUUUACAGCUUACGUUUGAACGACCGGAUACAGCAUUUAAACUGUAUAUGUACAAUUAGAUUUGCCGCGUCACCAGCGCCAAAAGACUAGACCAUCUGAAUAUCACUUAAUUGUAUUCCAAGAUGAAAAACAAACUUAAGUUCAA